GCCGUGUCCUUUUAUUAGUCAACUAGAAGGCCUUUUCUCUUCUCAGGCCCAUUAUAUAUAAGGAUCAGAACCUUCUCCGAAUGUAGAAUAAUUUCAUUUUUUUUUUUUUCAUUUUUUCUCUUUUUAUUUUCCUUUUCCUCGUGGUGUUUCUCGCGAAUCGAAGACAAAACAGGGGAUUCAAUAAUAGUAAGAUGUUAGAACAAUUGCUGAUAUUUACAAGAGGAGGGUUAAUCCUCUGGACUUGCAAGGAACUUGGAAACGCCCUUAAAGGGUCUCCAAUUGACACCUUGAUCCGAUCAUGUCUUUUGGAGGAGCGCUCUGGGGCAGCAUCUUACAACUAUGAUGCCCCAGGAGCAGCUUACACCCUCAAAUGGACCUUCCACAAUGAACUCGGCCUCGUCUUUGUUGCCGUUUAUCAGCGAAUUCUCCACCUCUUGUAUGUGGAUGAUCUGCUUUCCGCAGUGAAGCGCGAGUUCUCGGAGAUUUAUGAUCCUAAAUGGACGGUCUACAAUGACUUCGAUGAGACUUUUAGGCAACUUAGAAUGGAGGCUGAGGCUCGCGCCGAAGAGUUGAAGAAAUCGAAGCCAGUGGGCAAGCCCCUGGCUGGUAACAAGAAGCAAGGGCAGGUUCAAAAGGCUGGAUCUGAAGGAGGAAAUAAGAAGAAGACUGAAGGUGGUUUGGGAAGCGAUGGCAGUGAUGGCAAUGGCGUGAAAGGGCGGCGUAGAUUGGAGAAUGGUUUCUCCAAUGGUAAUUGUGUUGCUGUGGAAGAGCCUAAGGUAAAUGGUCUCUUCAAUGGGAAAGAAAACACAAGUUCCAAUAUUGGGGCUUUUGAUGUAAAUAAGCUCCAGAAGCUUAGAAGUAAAGGUGGGAAGAAAAUGGAUACUGUUGUUAUUAAGGGCCCUAAGGUGGAGCCCAAGAAAAUGAUAACAAAGAAGAAUAGAGUUUGGGACGAUUCACCUCCUGAGACAAAGUUGGAUUUCACAGAUUCUGUGGGUGAGAAUGGGGACAACAUUGUAGAGGUUGUGGCAGCAGAUCAAGGUGAAAGUAUGAUGGACAAAGAAGAGAAUUUUAGCAGUGAAAGCGAGGGUGAAGAGGAGGAAGAAGUGGGGAAGGAAAGUAAGCCUGAUACUAAGAAGAAGGGGUGGUUUUCGUCUAUGCUCCAGAGUAUUGCUGGCAAGGCGAAUUUGGACAAGUCAGACUUGGAACCUGCUUUGAAAGCUCUUAAAGACAGGCUUAUGACAAAGAACGUGGCUGAGGAGAUAGCUGAGAAACUAUGUGAAUCGGUUGCUACAAGUCUUGAAGGUAAAAAGUUGGCUUCAUUCACAAGGAUUUCUUCGACAGUGCAGGCAGCGAUGGAAGAAGCCCUUGUUCGCAUUUUGACUCCUAGGCGCUCUAUUGAUAUCUUGAGAGAUGUGCAUGCCGCCAAGGAGCAAAGGAAACCAUACGUUGUUGUUUUUGUUGGUGUCAAUGGAGUUGGAAAAUCUACCAACUUGGCUAAGGUUGCUUACUGGCUACUGCAGCAUAAGGUCAGUGUCACGAUGGCUGCUUGUGAUACAUUCCGUUCUGGAGCGGUUGAGCAGCUGCGGACUCAUGCACGCAGACUUCAGAUCCCUAUAUUCGAAAAGGGGUAUGAAAAAGAUCCUGCAAUUGUGGCAAAGGAAGCAAUCCAGGAAGCUACACGGAAUGGUUCUGAUGUGGUUCUUGUUGAUACAGCUGGUAGAAUGCAGGAUAAUGAACCACUAAUGAGGGCACUCUCAAAGCUCGUAUACCUCAACAAUCCUGACCUUGUUUUGUUCGUCGGAGAGGCACUGGUUGGAAAUGAUGCCGUUGAUCAGCUUUCAAAGUUUAACCAGAAAUUAGCGGACUUGUCAACAUCGCCUAACCCUAGACUGAUAGAUGGAAUAUUGCUCACCAAGUUUGAUACUAUUGAUGACAAGGUUGGAGCUGCACUCUCCAUGGUUUACAUAUCUGGAGCUCCUGUCAUGUUUGUUGGCUGUGGGCAGUCGUAUACGGACCUGAAGAAGCUCAACGUGAAAUCAAUAGUCAAGACCCUCCUCAAGUGAUGAAUCUGCUUUGCCUGUUGACUACUCUUCCAAGUGACGAAAUCUUAUAGUUUGGUUUGGUCUUCAUUUGCACGCUUCGCAAUUUGCUAUUUCACUCUUUGAACUCUGCUGCUUUGUUUGUUGUCAAACCUCUGUGGUGUUGUUUCCUUCUAUGACCCCAUAAAUUGUCUUGUUGGAGAUGAAUCGGUCCUUUUGCGGCUGUAAAUUAUGUUAUAUGCUAGAAUUUUCUUUUAAUCA